AUGGGAAAUCCUUCCUCUUUUGGACUGACUGCUUCCGCGAACAUCGCUGCACUUUUGGCAGGAUGUGCCUUUCUCGGCUUGGUGAUAUCCAUGCCAGUGCUCUUUGCAAUCAUGAACAGUAUCGAAGAGGAGCUACUUGCAACCCGCCAAGUUUACAACGAGAUGACAGACAUCAUGUGGAAAGAUUUGAUAAGCGAAGGAGAACAGAUACAGAGAAUGCCUCGACAAACCUAUGACGAGCCGAAUGGAGAACAAGCAAGCAAUCCCAGUGGCGGUCAUGAUGGUAUGCCUGGAGCACCUGGACAACCGGGUCAUGGUGGAGCCUCUUCGCAAGGGGGUUAUGCGGAAGGACCAAGGGGAGGUUGCCUGCCCUGUCCUGCCGGCCCUCCCGGAUUGCCUGAAGGUUUACCUGGCUAUCCUGGACCUGCAGGAGAAAUCGGAGAGAAAGGCGCUCCUGGAAAUGACGCAAUGGGAUUUGCAAAAGGCGCUCCCGGUCCUAGGGGUGAAACAGGACCCCCAGGUGCUGAAGGGGAUGAAGGUCUUCCAGGCGAGCGAGGAGAUGAUGCUUUGCCUGGACCACAAGGCCCACCUGGACAAGUGCAUCUCUUAAUUCUAGCUGCCGCAGGACCAUCAAAAACAAAAGACGUAAAACUCGAAGCGAACAUAUCUGUGGAAACCGGAGCUACAACAGGUGGAGGAGUUGGCCAUAGCACUAGUGUACAGGGGAAUGAAGGGACAUCUGCACAUGCUGAAAGUUCAUCUGCCGAAGGUGAAGGAGAAGGCAUUUCUAGUGGGCAGGCUUCUGGAGGCAAAUCUACAAGUGCUGAAAGUGUAAAAGUUGAGGAGACGGUUCAGGUUACAGACACUCAAGCUGCUGAAGGAACAUCUUCGAAUGCUGGAAGUCCACAAGAUAAAGAAGCGGUUAGUAGUACAGGCACGGAAGCUUCUAAAGAAACAUCUGCACAUGCUGAAAGUCCAAAAGUUGAAGAAGAAGGUGUAGGCGGUUCCGAUGCACAGGCUCCCGAAGGUGGCCAUCAUGUAGAACCUGGAAAGGCAUCCGAGCAUGAAGGAGGAGCAAAUCAAGCUAAUGAAGAGACCGGUAAGCACAGCGAAGGUGAGAAGACCGCCAGUGGUCUCGCUCGCGUAGGACAAGAUGAACGCGAAUCAGCUCCAGGUACUGAAGGAGGAGCUGGUACAGCAGCAGGAGAAUAUCUUACCAAGAAGGCUCCCGCACUCGACAAGAAGGCGUUCGCUCGUCACCUUCGCCGAAGACUUGUGCUCGCUUAA